AUGGCACUUCCGAUUUCUCUCGCUGAACACAAGGCUUUCUUUGUUGAGAAAGUCAGGGAGUUCAAGCCAAAGCCCGUCGCUGGACAAACGAAGAAUAGAAACGAGAGCGAGGUCUCUUCUGACACGACCAUCUCAGCGAGGAUACGCCCAAUUCUCCCUCACGAGCAGGAAGCUGGUCAUAUUCCAGGCUUGUUUGUUCGCAGUGAUGGAAAUGGCGAGCUCGAUGUGCAUGAACUUCGACUCAAGGUCAACGGACAACCUGCUUUGAAUCAGGCUUCUCCACGUUCAUGUUACCAAGACCUGUCACAGUCGUCUAGCUUCCUUGUAGACCGAGCGUAUGGGCCAGAGAGCACAACAAAGUCGAUAUACGACGAUUUUGUAGCUCCCCUGGUGCCAUGGGCAUGGAGCGGCGGCGUUGGAACAUUCUUUGCAUACGGUCAGACUGGAUCAGGCAAGACCUUUACCGUAAAUGAAAUGGAAACCUUCAUCGCAUCGGAUUUGUUAGGCGGGAAGAUCCCUGGCCGACGCAGUGUUCACAUGUCUGUGUUUGAGCUGGCAGGAAAGGCUGCAUUUGAUCUCCUCAAUGACAAGCAUCGGAUCAGCGUCAUGGAAGAUUCAUUUGGAGAGACGCAGUUGGUAGGUAUUGUCGAACGCACCCCCUCGACGAUCGAGGAUUUCCUCGACCUAAUCAAGACAAGCAUGAUCUUCCGUGCUAGUGCCCCGACGCUUAAAAACGAUGCUUCUUCGCGCUCACACGCUGUCUGCCGAAUCAGGAUCGAAAACAAGGAUGAUCCCGACUGUCCUGACGGUUUACUCUUUUUGGUCGACCUAGCAGGUAGUGAGGCAGCGGCGGAUUCCAAGGACCACACACCAGAGCGCAUGAAAGAAACAAAAGAUAUCAACUCCUCUCUUUCUACGCUCAAGGACUGUAUUCGAGGUCGCGCUACCUGGAACAUCAACGAGAAUACGGCUUCAGGCGGCACUAGCUCGAAACAUGUGCAUAUCCCCUUCCGCAACACCACGCUCACCAAGGUGCUGAAACAUGUGUUUGACGUCAAUAGCCAUCGUUCCUGCAAGACUGCCGUCGUUGCAUGCGUUAGCCCCAGCGCUAUUGACGCAAAUCAGGGGAAGAGUUCCCUUCGAUAUGCAGAAAUGCUCAGGGUUCAGGUGCCAAAAUUGAAGCCAGUUGUCUAUGAUCCAGCGGUCCCACGUACCUGGACUAACAAGCAGCUGCGAGAAUGGAUUGUGAACAAUAUAUGCAAGCUGUCUAAGAGUGAAUUUGUCUCCCGAUGCCUAAAGACAGAUGGAGUACGGCCCGAGCAGGCCAGAGCCUUUUUUGAUAAGAUAUGGCAGCUCCACGUUGACUCCCGCUCCCUAAAGACUAAAAGCGCCACGAUUAGCGAACCGAAGGAACCGGCCAUCCCGUUCAAAGAACGCCUCAGGCCUGGGAUGUUUGUGCGCGUUACUCCCCAGUCACCAAACGACCCGAUUCAUUUUCUCAUGUUGCUUGCCCCCGAAGGCGCAUUUGAUCAGACCAGGGCUGCUGCCAAGGAUAAUGGCGACGGCUGCGGUUCUAAGUACAUCUGUGCAGCAGUUGCCCCAUCAAUCAUGGUGGACGCCUAUGAGCUGUUUGUCUCGCAACAGAGAAUUGUAAGGAUUGAGGAUAUGGAGGCGGAGGUUUUGAUGGAAUAUGAUUCAGCCAUGAGAUACUACUUCAUGACCGUCUAA